UCAAUAUCGCACCUUCGUUUACUCGAUCUCACAUGCCAUCACAGAGAACACAUUCCGAUUUCCAGACUCGUCUCCUGUCAUCUGGAAAUAAUGUGCGAGUGCGGUGUAGGCCGGGCAACCGUGUCAUAUGACACAGGCAAACACCAGGAAGCUUCUGAUUCUAGCCUUCUCUCGAGCUGCUCCAUUCGAGCACGAACAUAUCGCCUCAUUUGGAACUGGGCUUCAUAGGCGACGCGAAACGACCCUGACCGACAUCUACCGUCCAACAUGACCGGUCUCCCUGCUACCAGGAAAUCAAUUGGCAUUCGUCAACCUGGUGAUAUAGAUGUCCUCGAGCUUCUUGAAUUCCCUCUGGAACCAGCACCUGCGGAGAUCGUCGUUAAGGCGGAAUAUCUAGGCAUCAAUUUCAUCGAUACAUACUUUCGAAAAGGCCUGUACCCGUUGAAGCAACUGCCUUCUGGAAUCGGCUCCGAGGUUGCAGGGACUAUCGUUGCCUUACCGACGUCCUCCGAUGUGCUAGCAGACCCGGAGUACAAGGCGCGCGGCUUCAAGAUUGGAGACAGAGUCGUUUCAAGCGGAAGAAUCACAGGUGGACACUCGGAUUACGCGACUGUCAACUGGCGGGCCGUUUUGGUUCUCCCGCCGAAUAUCUUUACGCGCGAUGCUGCCGCCGCUUCCUCCCAAGGUCUCACGGCGCUGACGUUCAUCGAGGAAGCGUACAAAGUCAAGAAGGGCGACGUGAUCCUUGUGCAUACCGUAGCUGGUGGCUUGGGACUGCUUUUCGCUCAACUGAUCAAACACCGAGGCGCCACGGUCAUCGGGACGACCUCGACCAAGGAGAAGGCCGAACUCGCCAAGGCCAAUGGCGCCGAUCACGUGAUUUUGUACAAGGACGAAGACACGGUGAAACGCGUAUUGGAGCUGACCGAUGGGCAGGGCGUGGACGCCGUUUUCGAUGGUGUCGGGAAGGACACGUUCGACAGCAACUUUGUGAUGCUCAAGCGCAAGGGAACAUUGGUCUCGGUCGGCAAUGCAUCUGGGGCCGUUCCGCCUAUGGCACCUUUACGAUUGGUCGAGAAGAACCUCAAGCUGCUGAGACCCACUGUGGGUAACUAUCUUGUCACUGCUGAAGAGAUCAAGCAUUACACGGGAGAACUGUUCAGGCUACUCUCGAGCGGAGAGUUGAAGAUCCAGAUUUUCAAAGAGUAUCCAUUUUCUGCAGACGGAGCAAAGCAGGCACACAGAGAUCUUACUGGUGGGAAGACCACGGGAAAGCUGCUGAUUAAAGUUGAAUAACCACAAAUCUUAUGGACACUGCUUGGAAGACAAAUGAUCCAUCUUAAGCCUUAGGGCAAGUAGAAAAGGUGCUAUCAUUUGGGAAUGCUAUAAGCGUUACAAGUCUAUGAAUGGAUGGAUAGAUAGAUAGAUUAACCGGAGUGUUGUCUUUGUCUCCUAUAAAGAUAUUAUCUAUAUGUGGGUAGGUCAAAAUCCGUCAGAUUUUUAUGGUAUCAAACAGUUGUCUUGCAAUGGUAUGAAAGAUAGAUUAGUUUGUUAAGAACCAAACUUGGAUUUUCAUGCGGUUUUUGCAGAGUACUUGGGGGUUCCUGUCGUGUCACUGAUCACACUUGUCCGUUGUCUUUGUCUUUCGUAUACUAAUAGUCUGGCACGACUACAAAUGAUUGGGCCAGUAUCACGAGAUCGGGAUUAAAGCGGAACAUGUGCCAAACCUGGUACCCGAAAAGUCGUAAGUUGCGACUUUUCGAUCCCACAUCUCGUCACCCUGGGAAGUCUAGAAACGUUCCUGGCCGCCUACGAGGUACCACUAGCUCGUCGGGCACCAUGUGAUAUGGCCGAGGCGAUAUGAGAAAGCAGUUCAUAUUCUGGCCCGUCGUCUCGGGCGGCUUCAGUCCAACUGGAGCGUAUUACCUCAUCUGAAACUGCCCUUUAUAGGCGACGCGCAACGGCCUUGACCGUCAUCUCUUGUCCACCAUGACUGGUCUGCCAGCUACGAGGAAAUCCAUCGGCAUUCGCCAACCUGGGGAUGUAGAUGUCCUCGAGCUUCUUGAAUUCCCUCUGGAACCAGCGCCUGCGGAGAUCGUCGUUAAGGCGGAAUAUCUGGGCAUCAAUUUCAU